AUUUUUCUUGUACCUAUUACUGAUGGUCGUCAGUAUAAAGAAGGUCUAUAUAUAAACCAGUUCUGAAUAUCGUUACAUUGCGCAAAGCUGAAGAAGAUACGUAUAACGUUGCAAAUUUGCAUUAAUGCAGAUAAAGAUACAUACGCGAGGAUCCAAAGUAUGAGUCUUAUGGAAAAUUCAAAUUCGCAAGUUGUCAUUGAUGAUCAAUUGCAACAUUUUAUUGAGACUGAGACCAAGAAGCAUCAAUUCCAGGGAUUGGUGCAUGAAUUGACGGGUCUCUGUUGGGAGGUUUGUAUGGAUAAGCCAUCGUUACGUCUGGAGUCCAAAGUUCACAAGUGUCUUGUGAAUUGCGUGGGAAGAUUCAUCGACACUACUAAUUAUAUCGCAAACAGAAUUGAACGUGUUGCCUCGAGUUUACCAUCUGAAUCAGAAAACAUGGAGUAAACGUAUUAUCUCUAAGAAUUAUGUGUCAAAGUUUGUCAUCUUUAGAAACUCUUUAAUAUAUUUGUACAUGUGCUAAAUCUGCAUAAAUCAUUGGAUAUGUUUUCGAGCAUUCGGGGAUUUCUGAGUCGCCACAGACGCAAAUUUAUAUUUGGAAGUGUGGUUGUUAGUAGCAUUAUUUUCCUUACACGCUAUACACAACGUAAGCUGUUAGAAUGGCAAGAAAAUGAGAUAAAAAUGCUAAUGGAAAGAACAAAAAAGCGACAGUACUAUGAAAGUACAGAGAGAACAUGUAAUCAAAUGAUUUCGUCUCUUGCAGUAACUUUAAGAAACUCUGUAGUCAAAGAAAACGAUACAGAAGCUAUUUUAAAUCAACUUAGAGAGGGCACAGCUGAUAAGAUAUCAUCAUGGAAUCAAUUAAAAGUAUUAGCAAUCACACGUUCAGCUGUAAUAAUUUAUUCUUAUACAAUGUUAGUUACAUUUCUUAGAAUUCAGCUUAAUUUGAUUAGCGGGCAUAUGUACAAAAGCGUGCAGAAUGUGAACAAUGGAACUAUCGGUAAUGAAGUACAAGCAAGAUAUAUGGCUCUUUCUAGCUAUUUUAUAUAUGAGGGUAUUAAAGAGUUGAGCAGUUUCAUAAAGAAUAAAGUCACUGAGAUCACAACUUCAUUGUCCUUGACGGAGCGGUUAACACUAAGAGACUUAGAACAGAUUUAUUGGGCGAUUACAUCUUCCAUAUCUGCCGAUGGUGCGAAAGAUCCUGUAAAGAACUUCACGUAUUAUACGUUACAACAGGAUAUUGAGAAGAGUGACACGUCUACUUAUUCGAAGCUAAGAGAUCAAGUGCUAGAUGUAUCGGAAAGUGAAGAAGUGCAAGAUUUAAUGCAGAAAAAUAUUCGAAGUGGAUUUGUUAUGUUAAUUGAUCAUAUAUCUACAUACUUCAGUGAAUCUCCCAAAAUUGAUGCACAGAACAGAAUGUUGCUUUCAAGAGAAGGAUCAAGCGUCAAAAAUUCGAUUUUAACAGACUUGAGAGAAGAAGCAAGUGGAUUUGUAGACGUUAAUAAGACCACUAUGGCCUUGGCCAAAAUUAUUCCUAUUAUAAAUGGACAAGUUCCAGAUAAUCCAAUGCCAAACGAUAUAGCAGCGGAUUGGCUUCAAUAUCUAAUAUUAAAUAGUGAUCUUAAAACACUCGGGGCGAAUCUUUACGAAGCAGUCAGCUAAUUGUAAGGCUAAUUACAAAUCAACCAAAAUCAAUCAGUCUUGAAAAUUUAAUUAUCGACUGGACAAUGCAGCGUGAUAAUUUUGUUAGAAUUCAUAGAAUUUUUUUAUUAUAUUCAAAUCAAGAUUAUUUUAUACAAAGCAUUAUAUAUAUAUAUAUACAAAAUUUUUAUUAUAUCUUCAUAGAUCAAAGUUGAUGAUUUCACUCUUUCUUUACUAAUGUUUCUAUCUCAAAAUAUCAAAUAAAAUUAUAUACUGAAAAGGAGAUAUUCCAUAUAUAUAUAUAUAUUAUGAAAAAUAUUUAAAUAGCGCGAUUUGUUAUUAAAAGCAAUAGAGACAAGUGUAAGAAACUUAAAUAAAUAACAUUGCUAUUAUGUAUAUGAUAUGUAAUGUAAACAAGAAUUUGUUUCAGAUUAAAUAGUAUUUA